UUUUAGGCUUCUCUCUGGUAAAAUAUAUAUAUAGAGAGAGAUAAUCGCACUUUUUGUUCCGCCAUGUAUUCUUAUGUCCAUGAUUUAUCCUAUCUAAUUCUAGUUUAAAAGAUGGAAAUUAAGUACAAUUUUGUGAAAGAAAUUGACUGCAAACAAGGCGCUGUUAGAUCUUCGACGGUUUUUAUUGUAUAACGUGUGGAUCAGAUAGAAAGCUGAAGUUAUGGAAUCCAUACAGAUCCACUACAUUAAAAACGUACAGUGGGCAUGGUGAUGAGGUUAUGGAUGCCUGUGCUUCUUGUGACAGCAGUCAAAUUGUAUCCUGUGGAUUGGAUAAGUCUGUAAUUCUUUGGGACGUAGCAACAGGUACACCUGUGCGCCGUUUCAGAGGACAUGCUGGUGCAGUCACAACAGUGAGAUUUAAUGAAGAAUCAUCGAUGAUAAUUUCUGGAUCUCGUGAUAACAGUAUUAUGUGUUGGGAUGCACGUUCUAAAGUACAAGAAGCUGUACAAAUAUUGAGUGAUGCCAAAGAUUCCAUUUCAAGUGUAAGAGUUUCAGAUCAUGAGAUUUUAUCUGCUUCUUUUGAUGGUAAAGUACGUACUUAUGAUAUACGCAUUGGAGAACUUUGUGCGGAUUUUAUGGGAGAUGCAGUCACAUGUGCAAGUUUUACCAGGGAUGGCCAAUGUUUAGUUGUUAGUUGUGCGGAUGAAGUGAUUAGAUUAAUUGAUAAAGAUACUGGAGAAUUACUUAGUGAAUUUACAGGACAUAAUGGAAAAGAUCUAUGUUUAGAAUCAAGCGUAGAUUGUCAAGAUACAAGCAUUUUUUCUGGUUCAGCAGAUGGCAAGUUAUGGAUUUGGGAUCUUGUGUCCCAGAAAGUGGUUGCAAAACUUUCAGGACUUAAGCCAACUAAAUAUCCUACUGUGUCUAUUAGUGUCCAUCCACAGAAGAAUUGUAUUUUGGCUUCCAAUGGAUUUAAUAUUUUAAUGUGGAAUUCCUCUACUGAUAUAAAUAACGAGUAAAAUUCGAAUUUACAUCAUAAGUACAGCUUUGUAUACAAAGUGAGUAAUAGAAUUGUUAAUUGUUUUGCAUUCUUUUCUUGAUAUUGAAUGAUAUAGGUGAGAUAAAUAAUAGAGUUUAAAAAUAAUGUGUUAUUAUUACAAGUUACUUUCUUUAGUGACAAUUUGGUAAUGAUAUUAUUUUUGUGUUUAUUAGUAUAUUAUUACAACUUAUUAUUAAUAAGUAACGACAACGAACAUAAUCGUUAUUUUUAUUGUUACUUCACUGUAAAUCAAAAUAAGUUAUUUUAGCUGAAAUUCUUACAUAUUUAUUACUGUUUUAAAUCAUUUAUAAUUUAAUGUGUUUAACGUAUUAAAUGAUGUGCUUUAAAAAGCGAAAAAAACAUAAAGAAAAAACUUCACCAAAUAUGUUAUUUUUAGAUGUCUAUAUGUGUAAAAAUAACAUACUUUGAUUUGCACUAUUUACAUAUAUCGAAUACGUGUAUAGAAUAGGUAGAAGUAAAUCUUAAAAAGAUUUUAAAAUUUCGUCGAAAAGGUAAGGAAAUUGUAACGAUUCGUCACUUUUUAAGUAAUGAUAAAAGUAAUGAGUUUUUUUUUAAGAGUAACAAAUAAUGAUAACGACAGUUACUUUUUUUUAAUAAAUAACGUGUAAGGCGCGGUAACGAAUUACUUUUUAAAAAUAACUUUCCUGAAAUUUUUAUUAAUACAGAUACCUGAUAUCUGUAUUAAAAUCCUGAAAUAAAUAAUGAUAUGAGUAUCUUUUGGUAUUAUUUAACAAUAAUAAAAUAAAUCUGCUUACAUAAAAAAGCUAUAAAACCUAAUAAUAAUAAAACAUAAUAAAAGUUAAAAUAGCCUAAUUAAAUCACUAAUAGCGAAUUUGACUGGAUAUACUAGUGCGCACUAAUAUAAGAAAGUACUAAGGCUAAUACCUAAGAUUGUUUUAGGUUCAUUGUUAAACGUUCCGUAGUCUGUAAAAUUGCAUUGUAAAACGGUCUGUGCAGUAUCUAAAGAUAAACAUAAAAUGAUCUUAAAUAUAAGAACAUAUUUGAAUAUUGGCUUAAUCCUUUAUAGGGCAAAACUUUUUAAAGAUGAUGACUCUAAUGUCUAUUAUGAGUUUACAUAACAUACUUAAAUACAUAACAAAUGUGUAAAAUAAGAAACUUUAUUAUACUUAUUAUUAUAAUUAUUGAUUAUUAUAAUUAUUGGAAAAAAUCAACCAUUGAAUGUUCAGUGUAAAACAAUACAGAUUUUAAACCUCAGGUAAGGUAAGUAAUUAAAAUAUCGAUCACAAACUUGUAAGGGUUAACGGUCACUGAUGCUCACUAAUUAUCUAAUUAAAUUCGCCAUAAUUCAAGUAACAUUUAUUUUAUUUAUCUUCUCUAUAAAUCAUAUUAUUUUAUAUAUUUUGAAAAUAAAUUCGUACAAUAACAUACAAAAAUUUUUAUAGAAAAACAAAUAUGUAUCAUAUAUUCUUACAUAUAUUCUUAUAAAUAUAUAUAUAUAUAUAUAUAUAUAUAUAUAUAUAUAUAUACACAUACAUACAUACAUACAUACAUACAUACAUACAUACAAGAUAUUGACGUCAAGAAGUAGAAGUAAACAACUAAAAUAGAAAUCCCACGAAUAAUUAGAAAACAAAUUUUUGGGAACGAUGCCCAAUUCGCACAUAUAUAGAUUUGUAUACACCUACAGUGAGAUUAAAGAGCAUAUGCACUUAUGAUAGAAGAAAUUUUACACUAAUUUUACACUUACUAAUGUAUAUUCGUUAUACUUGUUCGUACAAUUAUUUGAAGAGGUUUUCUAAUAAAGUUAAAAACGCAUGAUAUGAUCAUGAUUACGAACCAUUUGUAACAUCGGACGUCUCGUGUAUUUGAAGAAAAAUAAAAACGAAGAUUUUCUAAUUCUUUAAAUAUCACAGUGGCAAUUCUAAUGUAUUGAUUAGAUUGUACAGAUCUCGGAUGUAUUAACAUAUUGUUAUUUUAUCUUAAUUAAAUUUACUUUCGUAUAGUGUAUUGUCAUUUCAAUUCUUAUCACAAUAAAUCAGUGAGCAAGCAAUGAGCAAUGGCUUGCAACCAUGAUUUUAUGCGCUCCUAAAAAAAAAAAAAACGUGUUUAAGCCGUUGUGAAACGAGUGACCUGA